AUAGACGGGCGACGUAGUCUGCAUCAUUCAUUUGCAAAAUGGCUGACCACAGGGAAAGGGAUUCAUACUAUUCGCAAACGGAUUUAAGAUCAAAAAAUGAUGAUCCACCGAAUUCACGUUUAUUUGUUAUAUGCCACAAAAGUCUUGAAGAAGAUGAUCUUAGAAAAGCUUUUGAAAAGUUUGGGAAGAUCGAAGAUAUUUGGGUAGUGAAAGAUCGAACUACGGGGGAAAAUAAAGGAGUCACAUACAUUAAAUUUUCAAAAACAUCAGAGGCAGCUUUUGCUCUUGAAGAGAUGAAUGGAAAAAUGUUGGGUUCUGUUGGAAGACCUAUUAAAGUAAUGAUUGCUUCAAAUCGUGAUCAAGGAUCUGUCAGAGAAACAAAUGAAGAAGAAAGAUGGGUUCGUCUCUUUUGUGUAUUACCUAAGUCUAUGACAGAUGGUGAACUUCAUCGAGAAUUUUCAAAGUUUGGAUCUAUAGAAUAUGCAACAGUAGUUAAAGACAGAAAUACGAAUGAAUCAAAAGGCUUUGGUUAUGUAAAAUUUCAAAAAGUAUCUAGUGCAGCGAAAGCAUUUGAAGAAUGUGAUAGGAAAUACAAGGCUGUAUUUGCAGAACCAAAAAAACCAAAACCUGAACAUAUUGAUGUGAAAUAUAACAAUGGACUAUCUUCUCAUUAUGAUAGCGCUGGUGGAGGUUAUAGUUCAUCAAAUUUUGGAAAGAGCAGUAUUAGUUUAGAAAUUGCCACAAAUUAUCCUAAUUCUGAAGGUUAUACACAUUUGCAAGUAAUUGCACAUCCAGCAUUGAACCAAGAUCAAUUAUGGAAAUUAUUUGACAUUGUACCUGGAUUGGAUUAUUGUCAUUUGAAAAAUGACGUAAGAUAUAGAAUGCCAAGAGGUCAGGCUGUUGUAGUAUAUUCUAAUCCUAGUGCAGCAGCAUAUGCAAGAGAAAAAUUUCAUGGUUUUGAAUAUCCUCCUGGUCAUAGGAUGAUAGUUAAGCCGGAUUUAUCAAGUGCUCCACCAAAAAAUGCAAUAAAACCUGGUAGUUCUGCUGCUGGAAUUGCUAGUGCUAGGACAGAUUUGGCACAUUUAGCUGAAACUAUUGCUCAAGCUACAUCUUUAAUUCAAGCUGCAGGAUUAACUGCACCAAGUUUAGAGCAUUCAAUGUGUGUGAAGUUACCACCUGUGCAACCAAUGGCUAGUAUAGAUGCAGAGGUUGCUAAAAGGUGCUUCAUUGUAUGUGGACCUCCAGUACCUCCAAUAUAUGCCAUGAAAGAUGCUUUCUGUAGAUUUGGGAACCUUAUAGAUGUUUACAUGCUUCCAGGGAAAAAUUGUGGUUAUGCAAAGUAUGCCAGUGUGCAAAGUGCAAAUGAAGCAAUCGAGGUUUUACAUGGACAAGAAAUUUGUGGAUCUCGAUUAAAAGUAUUAGAAGCAGAAGAGCGUAAUGUCGGUGAAGAUCGUAGGAAACGACUACGAACGGACGAAGACGAAAAUUAAAUUUUUUUUGUAUACCUCACUGACUGGUAUACACAAGCUGGACGCACGCAAUAAAAGAGACGAAUUUUAAGACUCACUUGACCACGUCGGGCCCGCAUCCAAGGAAACUCCAACUACCUACUUUUAACUACCGCUUACGUUCGCGAUUUCAACGUUACUGAAACUUUAACGAUACUCUACUUUAUCCUUACAUGUCGUUACACGUACACCUGACUUCCUAAUUUUAUUAUUUUAAAAGGCCUGUGCGAAAAGUGAUCUUAAAUAUUCUAGUUAAGAACAUAUAAAACACAAGAAAUUAGUUAAAUUUGGAACCUGUAUCUUCAGCACAAGGAAGGUAUAUGAUAUCGAGUAUACUCGAGGUGUUUAUUGUUGUAUGGUAAUAUAUUAUAGACAUUAAUCAGAGGUAAGAAUAUUUCUCAAUGCAUAUAUACUUUUGUAUUAAAAUUAUAUUAAAAUGAAAUUUAUUCAAACAAAUUUAUAAAAAAAAAGAAUGAAUUUAUACAUUAAUGAUUAAGGGAAUUAAAUAAUUUUAAAAUAGAGAAUAUGAAAUGAAAUUAUCCUUUAAUAUUUUAUAUUCUUAAUUGUAAAACAAAUAUGUAAUUAUUAAUUAUAAUAUUGAUUUUAUCUAUUCGCACAGGCUUUAUAAUAUAACCUGCUUUAGGGUUAGUAAAACAAGUUUUUCUUUAUAAUUUAUAUCCAAUGGUUCUGUACUAUUCUUUUAUUAGAUAUAGCAUGUAUGGAAGAAAACGUAAAGCAAUUUAUUUCUUGUGUCUGUUUCAAGAAAUAUUUUCGUAAUUAGAAAUAAUACUAUAUUUCGUAGAAUUUAAAUUCCAAAACAAGAUAUAUUCUGCAGAAUAAUACUUUUAUUUUUAAAUACUUUUCAAAUGUGGUUUUAUGGAUUACAACUCUACGUGAUAUAAAUCAAAAUUAUAUUUUUGUGAAUAUAAAUAUAACGAAGCGUAUUUGAAAAAUAUUUUUGUGUAGAUUAAAACUAUAUUUGACUAAAUGUGUAUUAUGUUUUAUUGUAGCUUGCAAUAAUAAUUUUAAUUUUAAUUACAUCAGAUGUACAUAAUUCAUUUUAAAAGAAUGUAUUAUUAAUCAGAUUUAAUUAUGUUAUGUAUUUUUGUAAAAACAAAAUUAAUUUAUGUAAUUACAGAAUUGCAGACAGAAGCGAUGCGGAUAAUUACAAAAUUUUCCAUUCAAGUAUUAUGAGUAAAUCUUGUUUUGGAAUCGUUUCAGUAUCACAUAUGUUUAUGUGUAUAAAAUAUACUGACAUGUUGUUUUCUAUAAUUAGACCAAAUUUCCUGGAAGAAAAUACGUUUUCUUAGGAAAUUAAUAUUAUGUCCAUAAUCACAUUUGUCAAAUACCAAUAAUUGACGCACAACAUGAACGUUUUAUGAUGGACACUUUUGUACAUGUGUUAGACUGUUCUACUCAAUGACCAUACACAAUGAUGUUUUAGGAGACUGUAACUGACUUGUUUAUUUGGUGAUAUUAAAAUACACAUUAAGUAUUCAAAACCUCA